AUGCUGCUUUCGUCUAUGGACCAUCUCGGUUACUAUUCAAUACCAAAAGAGAAUGAUUUUCUGGAACUUGAUACCUCCUCGAGCCAGGAUGGGUAUGCGCUUCCACCUGAAGACAUGGGUGUUGUGUCGUAUAUUAAUGAAGAAAAUAGUCCAAAGAAUGGCACCAAGUCAUCGCUAUAUAAAACGGAACUUUGUAAACGUUUCUCCGAGUUUGGCAACUGUCGCUAUGGAGCCAAGUGCCAGUUUGCUCACGGUAUCGCUGAGUUGCGUCAUGUUGUGCGUCAUCCGAAAUACAAAACUACCAAAUGCAAGUCGUACUGGGGAUCGGGUCACUGUCUUUAUGGCAGUCGCUGCCGGUUUAUCCACGAAGAGACUGAAGGUUACGUGCAGCCACAAUACAGUCCCCCGAACCAUUUGGGUGGCGGCAUGUUUUUUCACGAGAAGGACCGUCUUGGAGCUUUGAGUGCUGGUGUCAUGGCUCCACCUCAGCCGUCCGUAGACCUCAGCUAUGGUGGUGCUCUUUAUAGUGAACAGCCCAAUCCACCUCAUCUGCAACAACUCCGUCCGCAUCACCACCAAGUGAUGUCUACUUACCCCAAGGACAACUAUUCGUUUUUGUCCUCGCUGGACAAGAAUUCUUCCUGGGGAGUGCCGGGCAUAUCCCCUUCCGCCAAUCUUCACCCUAAUUAUGCUGGCAAUGCUUGUCUUAAACAACAGAGCUCGCUUGGCAGUAUUGGUCUGCCUGUUCAGCAGCGAGCCAAUUCGGUGAAUAACGCUGCUUCUAGUGCUUCGUCACCAAGCUACCCGGACCUCCAGGAUGCCAUCGACGCAUUGAUGAAGUUCUCUUUGACCCAGGACGAUGACGACGAGCCAACUACGGACACCGUUACUACGCCCGAGACAACCCCGACCCCGACUGGUCGUGGACGCCGUCUUUCUAGUGUCUCUUCGCCUGCUCUCGCCUCAACCUCAACGGCAAUCACUAAGACAAAGUCGGAGUUCUCCCUUCAGUCAGACGAGUUGUGGAAGGACUUUCCGACCGCUUCGCCGACGCCUUUUACCAGUGAUGACCUGCAAGCGCAGCCGUGGUCGACUGGACUGUCACUGAGUCUUGAUAGCAAACCAUUCGACGGCGUUGGAGCUGCUGCUGCUGGGGACUCGAAGGACGCCUCAAGUAGUAGCAGUGACGACGAGGAGAGCCCCCGCCUGAGCGUGUUCGAGCGCUUCCAUUAA